AAAUUGGAAAUAUUGAAACGAAUCAAAUAAUAAUUUCAGUCAGAUUUCUAGAAUUUAAAAAAUUGGUCAACAUUAUACAGCGCUAUUUUUAUUUUACUACGACUGGUACUAUUUAAAGGAGGAUAUCGGUUAUAUAUAUAUAUACACGUCUAUAUAUGUCUCGAUAUGUCUAUAAAUAUGUUCUGGAUAAAAGUGCAAAAUAACGUGCACACUUAUGGGAAUCCAUAAACAAAUAUAUUUAUCAAGACAAUGUAAUUGAUUAAUUGAUUAAUGGCCAUUGGGUUUUGGCGGACUUUGUAUUUGGUUAUCAAAACUAUUUGUUAUAUGCAUCUAUUUAUAUCAAAAAGAUAUUUCUUAGUUGUUAAAACAGUUACAGCAGAUCGAUUUGGUAGUCAGUUAAAUGAACUUGAUAAUCAUCAAUAUUCAUAUCCAUCAUUAUACAGAUUAGAGUCAUAUCGUAUUAACAGUAGGCAGAGUUCGAAUACUCGCCCAUCAUAUGGUAUUUAUACUUCAAGUCAACAACAACAACAGCAACAUAGACAACAAGAGUAUAUACCAAUUAGUGAACUUGUUAAUUUAUCCUAUCCAUCGAUUGUACAUGAAAAUAAAUGGAAUACCUAUAUGAACCGUGUAAAUAAUCAAUAUGUCAACAAUACUACUGCCAAUUCUGAUAGUAGAAGUAACAGUAUUAGUAAUAAUCAAUCACAUGGGACUUCAUUUUCAGCCAGUUUAUCCAAUUCAGUAUCCUCUUCAUCCUCUUCCACUUCAUUAUCAUUGUUAGGCACAAUAUACACCCCUAAAAUAUCUUAUGCCGGUGAAUCAAAGACAGAACAAAUUUUAAAGUAUAUACUCACUAAUUAUAAAACUCAUGAAAGACCGAAUGAAAAUUCAAUUGAUCCAACAAUUGUUAGUGUAUUCAUUCAUAUAAUCGAUGUGUCAUCAAGUAAUGUUGUUCUAAUGGAGUAUACAAUUAAUUGUUACCUACGUCAACAAUGGCAAGAUCCACGUUUAUCUUGGGAUACUGAUCCAGUGUUAAGCAGUUCAGUAAAAGAUCUUCUACUAAAUCAACAAAAAAAACAACUUUGGUUACCUGAUUUAUUUUUUCGUAAUGGGAAAUCUGGAUUUCUACACGAUAUGUCUCAACCGAAUUAUUUACUUCGGGUAAAAUCUGAUGGACAGGUAUUGUAUAGUCAAAAGAUUACAAUGGUAUUAUCAUGUCAAAUGUAUCUGAAAAAGUUCCCUAUGGAUAAACAGGAGUGUACAGUAAACAUAGGCUCUUAUGGAUAUACAAUUGAUCAGUUGAAAUUUGUAUGGCAUCAUGAAAAACCGGUAACAAUAGCCGAGGAUUUAAAGUUAUUAGAAUUUGAAAGUCCACAAGGUGCAUACACUUUGGACUGUACAAAAAAUGGAACAACAAACACAGGAACGUAUAGCUGUUUACUAUUGGUAAUACCAUUGAGACGACUAAUUGGCUCAUAUAUUGUUACAACAUAUAUUCCAGAAAUACUAAUUGUUAUGGUAUCAUGGUUAGGAUUCUGGAUUGAUAUCAAAGCCGUACCAGCUAGAGUAACACUGGGACUGUUGACACUACUUGGCCUCCUAACGGAAAGCAGCAGUGUCAGUUCACAGUUGCCCAAAGUGACUUAUCUAAAAGCAAUUGAUGUCUGGCUAACAGUAUGUCUACUAUUCGUGGUUGCAGCGCUAGCAGAAUUCGCCUAUGCUUACAUGAUGGCGCCUAAAAGUGAAGGUCAUGAAUGGGAGCCAGAAGUAAGGGAGCUGGUUCGAGUUCUCUUGACAACAUAUACUGGACAAGUUCGAUGUUGUUGUUGUUAUACAAAAAAUGCUCACCAUAAACCUGUUUUAAAACUAAACAGCCAAAGAUCCCAGUCACAUCAACCCCAGCCUAUGGAUGGUGCUAUCAAAAAGUCAAACUUGAAAGUUACAAGAGGUACUGAAUCGGAUCCAGAAUUCUCAGUGAAGCUUAAAAAACCAGUGAGAACAAACAGGUCAACACAUAUCAGUAAAUCAGCGAAGGCACGCUGUAAAAUCUGUGAUUCCUACCAACCAGUAUGCUGUACGUGCCCAACAUGUUCUCGGUUAAAGUGUCCUGAAGCACCGCGAAGAAAACCUACACAGGUGAAAAUAUCAACAAAACCUCAAAAACUGGAAACAAUGAAAUCAAUUAACCUUGUAAAACAAAGGCAAGAAAUGAUUUCUACUGUAGUUGAUUUUUCUACAUCAAUGAAAACACUGAAGAAAGGUAAAACAGUCAGAAGAAGAAGACGUCCUCCUCAAUCAGUGAAAACUGAUUCAUGUCGAGUAUUAAUUGAACCUUUAUACAAAGAAUUACUAGAAGAUAAACAACCAAUGAAAUCAGCAUUAAAAAUCAAAGUUGCACGAAAAUAUGAUUUGAAAACUACAUUUUUAGAUAGUAAUAAUAAUGCUAACAAUAAUAAUAGUAAUCCUAAAGAUGAUAGAAAAGAAUCAUCAACUUUAUUAAAUCACAACCAUCAUGAAGAUCUUCAACAAAAGGAGGAAUUAUGGCAGUCAACUAGACCAUUCACUGAAUGCCUAUGUUUAAAGUUGAAUUGCUGUGCAUUCCAACAGUCGAAAUCAGUUAUUUCCAGGAAACUUAACUCAGUUAAGUUGGAUAUACCUUAUGAAUCGCCGAUAGAUGCCUACAGUCGAUUAAUUUUUCCUGCUUCCUUCUUUUUAUUUAUGUUUAUCUACUGGUUUGUAUAUCUUGUCUUAGCUAAGGAUUGAUUGACUACAUCAUAUUCUCCAGCUGUUUACUGUAGUACAUGAAUUGACAAUCAAAAGAUAUACAGUUAUUACAUUUUGUCUUUCAAACAACUAGCCCUUUUUAUAAUAUACAAGUAUAUACUUAUAUAUUAGUAAGAACAAGUAAUUACAUAUAGCUCAGUUAGUUAGAACAUCUCAGACAACUAUCUGUAUCUCUGCCAACUCCCUGACCUCUUCAACUUCAGUUGCCUGGCUACCUGGUUCCUUGCUAGGCUGUCUAAUUCCUUAUUAUUUUCAGGAUCCAAAAACAAUCAUACACAUGGAAAUAUAAACAUCUAUACACAAAUCCACACACACUCUUAUACAUAAGAAAAAGCAAUGUAGAAGAAACAGGAAUGGAAUAAAACAAGCUCUCUCCAUGUAUCUCCUCAAGGAGGACAAGAGGAAACUACAUAAGACUGUAUGCUCGUACAGCUAAGUAUAAGAAUUCAACUGUACCUUACCUUGCACGUAUAUUUUGUGAGGAGAAAAGUGUUAGAACAGAAAUCACACAUCAACUUUGUGACAGUUAAAAAUCUCAUUUCAAUAAUUUAACUUACAAUGUAGAAUUUUCUCGUUUUUAAUAUUCUUCACAUAACUUAAAAGGCUGCAAAAUAGUAUGUAUAUACCUAUAUUUUGUUGUUAUUGCAAUAUAUAUUACGCUGAGAAUUCCAAAUUGUACCACAAAUUGCUUGGAAUAAAGUGAAUUAUUACUAUU